UUCUGAAAAACCCUCGUCAACUCUGCCGUAGCCGAAUAACUCGAAGCUUCUCUUCAGAGAGGGCUGCCACUACCUCUCCAAACCCCCCACUUCCCAUCACUUUCCCGAGAAAAAAAACACCCCUUAAACCCAAUGGCCAAUCGCAUCGCCCUCCGCCUCAAAUCCCACCUCCUUCGCAUCACAACCCCCAUCCACCCCCGUCCCUUCAUCAAAUCUCCACCGUUGAACUUCUCCCCACUCCUCGAUCCCCACCUCCAACGUUCAACAAAUUUCCUUCUCCCGUUCACUCUCCGCUUCCUCUCCACCUCUCGCCGCGGCCCGAUCCGGCCCAAACCCGUCGACAUCGCGGGCCGGGCGCGCCAGCUCCAAACCCGACGCCUUUGGACCUAUGCACUAACCUUCAGCUGCAUCGCGGGCUUCAUUGUCAUCGUCCUCAAUAGCUUCCAAGACCAGCUCGUCUUCUACGUGACCCCAACCGAUGCUCUAGAGAAAUACUCAGCAAACCCUAGCAAAAGCAAGUUCAGGGUCGGCGGUCUGGUCCUCGAAGGCAGCGUGCUCCAGCCCGCCUCGUCGCCCGAGAUGGAGUUCGUCGUCACCGAUUUGAUGACCGAUAUAUUGGUCCGAUACAAGGGCUCCUUGCCCGAUUUGUUUCGGGAGGGUCACUCGGUUGUGGUCGAGGGCUUCGUCAAGCCUUUUACGGAUGAAAUUCGACGGGAGAUUUCAACGAAGAGUGUAUCGGAGAAGGCAAGGAGCGGCGAGUGCUAUUUCGCCGCCACGGAGGUUUUGGCGAAGCAUGACGAGAAGUACAUGCCCGGUGAAGUCGCUGAGGCGAUCGAGAAGAACAAGAAGAAGCUCGAGGCCGGUCGGGCAGGUGGUGGAGAGUCUGAAAACCCCUAGAGCGAAUAGAUGGAUGGGUAAGAGCUAAAAUUUGUAUCUGUUUUGGUGAUAUUUCCUUCUUGUUAGUAUAUAGUAGUUGAUUGGAGAAAUGGGUUACACUUGGAUAAUUGGAUAGUUGAUUUAAGCUUAGGUGACCGUGCGGAAAUAGGCAUUGGUGUUGAGGAAGAGAGAUAAAAGUUUGGAAAUUUGAGUUCCAAUUUUGUUGUUGUAGUGAUAUAUCUCAUUGAUGAUGAAUUCUGUAGUGUUUCAUAUCAAUUUAUUGAUGAAUAAUGCCAUUAAUUGGGAAUGGCAAUGCUGCCAGUUAUUGUUUCUGGCUUCGAUUUUGAGAAUUACAUUCGAGAUGUUUCGAAUUAUUGAGA